AUGUCGCCAAACGACAUGUCAACAGCCCGUACCAAAGGGUUGGUGGGMAAGCCACUAUUGUAUUUCACAAGUGUGUUUGUAUCACUCGGUGUGUUUCUGUUUGGUUACGACCAAGGUGUGAUGUCUGGUAUCAUAACCGGUUCGCAUUUUAGAGAUUAUUUCAAUUCACCGUCGAAAGCGGAGAUCGGUACGGUCGUUGCGAUUCUCGAAAUUGGCGCUCUUAUUGCAUCGUUACUAGUCGGCAAGAUUGGAGAUAUAAUCGGACGCAGGCGAACAAUCUUAUAUGGAUCUCUGAUUUUCCUCGUUGGGGGAGCCUUACAGACAUUCGCUAAUAGUCUUUCUAUGAUGAUGCUGGGUCGAAUUAUUGCUGGACUGGGAGUUGGUGCUCUCUCCACUAUCGUUCCCGUGUUUCAAUCUGAAAUUAGUCCUCCGCACAAUCGCGGAAAACUCGCUUGUAUUGAGUUUACAGGCAAUAUACUUGGAUAUGCUGCAAGUGUAUGGGUUGACUACUUUUGCAGUUAUAUCGAUAGCAACUAUUCAUGGCGUCUUCCAUUGCUGCUCCAGUGCGUUAUGGGUGGUCUACUUGCAACUGGCAGUCUUCUCAUUCCCGAAUCUCCUAGGUGGCUAUUAGAUAAUGAUCAUGAUGAAGAAGGUCUAAUUGUUAUCGCCAAUCUAUAUGGUGGGGGAGACAUUCACAAUGAGCUAGCGCGGCAAGAAUAUCGAGACAUAAAAUUCAACGUUCUUACCCAACGACAGGAAGGAGAAAGAUCUUAUGUGGACAUGUUUCGACGAUACUAUAAACGUGUUCUCAUCGCCAUGUCUGCCCAGGCUAUGGCUCAGUUGAACGGCAUUAAUGUUAUCUCGUAUUAUGCUCCGCUCGUUUUCGAGUCUGCUGGAUGGCCUGGUCGAUCGGCAAUUCUUAUGACUGGUAUCAAUGCCCUCACCUACCUAGCAUCUACUAUUCCUCCGUGGUAUCUUGUUGAUGGCUGGGGCCGACGUCCGAUUCUGUUAUCCGGAGCAGUGGCUAUGAUGGUCUCGCUGAGUCUGAUGUCCUAUUUUCUUCUGAUCGAUGUGCCAGCCACAGCGAACCUCACCGUCAUCUGCGUUAUGGUCUACAACGCUGCUUUCGGAGCAUCGUGGGGACCGAUUCCAUGGCUCUACCCUCCCGAAAUUCUACCCCUGAGCAUUCGUGCUAAAGGGGCUAGUUUAAGUACGGCAGCGAACUGGGCAUUUAACUUCUUGGUUGGAGAGGUUACUCCUGUUCUGCAAGACCUGAUCAAAUGGCGCUUAUAUCUCAUCCAUGCUUUCUUCUGUGCUUGUAGUUUUGUUCUGGUUUAUUUCUUGUAUCCCGAAACAAGUGGCGUUCGGUUGGAGGAUAUGAAUGCAUUAUUCGGCGACGCCACUACCGCGAUGCCCACGCCUGUUACACAAGGAGAACGUGAUUCCUUGAUUGGAAUCAAUUCGCCUGUUCCUUCGCUUGAUCUUCAACGCCAGCAUGGACACUUCACUGCCGACAACGCCAUUCCAGGUCUCAACAUCGACCCUCCUGCCAUUGGCCAAAACAAUAACGGCAAGCCCAGCAGCGUCGAUCAAGGCGGCGAGUCCCAAGGACUCGGUGGCUGGAUAUCGAACAUGCUUAGCCGCAACAGAGAUCCAGCAAAGAGGAGUCAAUAUCGCCGUGUCGACCAGGAUGAAGAGAGCUAA